AAACGAGAACCUUUUUACCUUCUAUGUUGAUUUUCACAAUUCAAUUUUCGGACGAUUUCUUCUAUGCUAUUUAUAUGAUCUAUAUGAUUUGAACCAAUUCUGGACACUCAUUACCGGAGCCUAGGGAAAACCGUCUAUACGACCAGAAACCGUGAUCUGUUUAUAUGUGAUGUAUGAUCGUAUCCAGGACAUUAUUCUUGAAUUAUAUUAAUAUCUUGAUUGAUUAUAUCAGUAACAAAAAACGAAGGAACACAUAUAUUGUUUAAGUUUUAAGUAUAUAUGGGAACAAAUUUUGUACUUGAAACGAUAUUAAAACACACAGUUGAAGGUUCUUAGUAAACAAUAUUGUCCAAUAUUUCAUAACCUAUAAUGAAUAUCUUGUAUGAAUUUCUUUAAGAAUUAUAAAAAGCUCAAAUAAAACGAAAUGACUACAAAAAUGGGGAAGAAACAAAUUAUACAGGCUGUAGUUCUCGCAGAUGAUUUUAUAACGAGCUUGACACCUGUACAAGAUAUAUUCCCAACUAUAUUAAUGCCUGUAAUAAAUAUUCCAGUGUUAGAUUAUUUGGUGGAAACACUGAUUAAAUCCAGAGUGCAAGAAUUAUUCCUAUAUUGUAGCAACCAUGUAGACUUGAUAAGAGCAUACAUCAAACAGAAAAAAUGGUUUAAAAUAUCAGUUUCUUUAAUUGUAUCAGAUACUUGCACUUCUCUUGGAGAUGCUCUUAGAGAUAUUGAUACGAAAGGUUCGAUUCGUGGUAAUUUUAUACUUAUAAGAGGAGAUGCAUUUAUUAAUGCUGAUCUUACCAAUCUUUUAAUCAAUCAUUGUGCAAAACUGAAAGAAGAUAAAGGUGCAUCCAUGACCAUGGUGCUAAGAAAUAUUGGAUCUAUGAAUGAAUCUUUCUUGAAGCAUGAAUCAUGUUUGGUAGUUUCUGACAAAACUAGCAGAAAGAUUCUACAUUAUAAUAUAAUACGGAAAGAUUUAAAGAAAGUGAAGUUAGAAUUAAAUUGGUUUUUGGAUCAUAGUGAGAUUGAAAUUAACACUUGUUUUAUGGAUACUCAUGUUUAUUUAUGUUCUCCUUCUGUGUUACCAUUAUUCUCUGACAAUUUUGAUUUCCAAACCAUGGAAGAUUUCAUUCGAGGAGUGUUGAUGAAUGAAGAAAUUUUAAAUUCUCGAAUUUAUUGGCAACAAUUAAAUCCUCAGGAUUAUAGUCUGCCAAUUGUAUCAUGGAAUGCAUAUCAUACUCUUAACCGAGACAUUCUGAACAGACAUAGUUUCCCACUUACACCAAAUGCUAUUCCACUUUUAAAAGAUUUUAUUUAUAUGCCAAGAAGCACGUAUAAACAUAAAAAUGCCACCCUUGCUAAAGGUUGUGUAUUAGAGAAAGAUAGUAUAUUGUGCCAAAAUAGUAUUCUUGGGAAUAAUACGUCUGUUACAAGAUCAAUUAUUGGAAAUCAUUGUUUGGUAGGGUCUAAUGUAACAAUUAAGAAUUCUUAUAUUUUGUCAGAUAGUAAAAUUGAAGAUAAUUGUACCAUUAUAAAUAGUAUAGUAUUUCCAAAUUGUUUUAUUAAAGAAAACACACAAAUAAGUGGAUGUAUAUUAUGUCCUAAAACAAUUAUUCGUACUCCAAAGGAGUAUAUUGAUUCUAUAAUAGAAUCAGAAAAUGACAAAAUUUCUAUAAAAGCAAUAUCAGAAAUUGACCCAUGUAAUGAAUUUCAACUCUUUAAGAAUUAUGAUACACUAGAAAAUGAUAAUUAUGUGCCUAUAAAUACAGAUACAUCAAGUGUUGAUGAAGGUUCUGAAUGUAAUUUUAUUGCAGAUGAUACAAGCUUAUUCUUAUCUGAGGUUAUUGAUAGCUUAUUAAGAGGUUUUCAAGAUCAACUUAACUGUGAAAACUUAAUUUUAGAAAUAAAUUCAUCAAGAUAUGCAUACAAUGUCACUAUGAACAAAGUAACAUAUAAUGUUAUUAAAGCCAUAUUAAGUUUACCUUUCCAUUAUCUUUCAGAAGAAAAGGAAAUUCUAACUAAUCUAGAUUACCAUAAAAAUUUAAAACGUGUGGUAACAUAUUUUUAUCCAAUUAUAUUGAAUUAUGUUAAAACAGAAGAUGCACAAGAUGACUGUUUACAUGCAAUAGAAGAGGUUGCAAGUACAACUCAAGAACUGUUACCAUUUUUGCAACUUUUGUUGCAUAUGCUUUAUGAUAAAGAUGUAUUAUCAGAAGAAAAAAUUCUAGAAUGGUAUGAAUCUAAAGAUAGAGAUAUAGAUUCACAUGAGAUGAAUAAAGUGAGAGCAGCAGUACAGCCAUUCAUUAAAUGGUUAGAAGAAGCUGAAGAAGAUUCUAGUGACAGUGAAAAUGAUUAGUCACAUAUUAACCUCUUCAACAAUUUUGGAAAGGAAGAAGAUUUGUAGCUCGAUGAAUUGUGACCGUCAAUGCUCGCCGUCUUGUACAGUAACUUAGACUCACUUGAAUCUGUCCUCGUCCACUGGAAAUCACGCCCCAAGCUGCUUCUUCGUUGUCCACCUAUGCCAACGUCGAGCUCUUAUAUCUUAGUGUCUGCAAUAAUGUAAGUAAAGUCGGCCGUCGCGAAAAAUUUUAAACGCGGGAAAUGAUUAUGUUUAUAAAGAUUAGUAAUUAAAGAUCAGUAAAAUUCUUGAACGAUAAUGAAACGUUAAAUGCACAAGGGGAAAUAAUGAACGAUAUGCAGAUUUGAUAGUAUAAAAUCGAUUAAGAAAACAUUCGCGUCCAAAAGGUUAAAAAAUUCGAUUUUUGGACUUUCGCAUUUAUAUUUUCCUUUUAAAGAUAUCAAGAUAAAAUUUAUAACUUUGCUACAGUUAUGUGUCACUGCUCGCUAUUUUAUAAUUAUUUAAAAUAUGAAUACAUAUAUAUAUAUAUAUAGAAACAAAUGAAUCUUGACUCUUUAAUAACUAUUUGUUUUUCUUUUUAUACACGUAUUUAUUAUGUACAUAUUUAUAUAUGCCAAAAAUCGACUCGAAAAACCAUCUUUUAGACUAAAACACUCCUUGAAAUAAAACAGUAUAAUUAAAAUAAUAUAAUAAUAUGUUUAUAUCAUUUGUAAUCGUUAUUACUUAAUAUUAAAAAGAAAUAAAGAG